CCUCCCCUUUGCCUGCGUCCCUGCUGCGGCGCCAGCUCUGCAGCCUCUGUCCCUUAUCAUCAGCUACUGCCAGCUUCGCCACACCUCCACCCGACCUUUGUUCCGGGCUUGUUUUCUCCUCUGGAUCUAGGAACCCUGGGCUCACUUUCCCUCGCUGCCUGUCCUUUCCAAGAGCCUCACCAUGUGCACGGGAAAGUGUGCCCGCUUUGUGGGGCUCUCCCUCAUCCUCCUCUCCCUGGUCUGCAUCGUGGCCAACGCCCUCCUGCUGGUUCCCAAUGGGAAGACCACCUGGACCAAGGACCACAUCAGCCUGCAAGUCUGGCUUAUGGCUGGCUUCGUCGGCGGAGGCCUGAUGGUACUGUGUCCAGGAAUUUCCGCCGUCCGGGCAGGGGGCAAAGGCUGUUGUGGUGCAGGCUGCUGUGGAAAUCGCUGCAGGAUGCUGCGCUCGGUCUUCUGCUCGGCGUUCGGGAUGCUUGGUGCCAUCUACUGCCUCUCGGUAUCUGGAGCCGGACUCCGAAUUGGACCACAAUGCUUAAUGAACGGUUCCUGGGAUUACCACUUCCAAGAGACCGCAGGCGCCUACCUGCUCAACCGAACUCAAUGGAGCUCGUGCUUGGAGCCACCCGGUGUGGUCUCCUGGAACGUGACGCUCUUCUCGCUGCUGGUGGCCGCCUCGUGCCUGGAGAUUUUGCUGUGCGCGGUGCAGCUGGUGAACGCGUCCAUUGGUGUCUUCUGUGGCGAUUGCAGGAAGAAGGAGGGUGACCCUCAUUGAGGCUCCACCGACCUGGUCCGUCGCUCCUGGACAUCCGCCUGGCCCGCCCCCGCCCUGGAAUAAACUAUUUAGAGCUCUC